AUGAAGAGCGGACAAACUGGUCCUUAUAAAUAACUAAAACCUAGAAACUAAUAUCUCAGGGGAGGAUUAUUAAGCUCUAAAAACACAUUCUACACCCUCUAAAAAUAACCGCAAAACUGUUGUUCUUCUCUUACAAAAAGUCGCUUCAGGGAAAGUGAAUUUUCUAUAGGGGCUUGUCAUUGAGAAAGCAUGAUUUCACUUUGGACAGUUUGUCCUUAAGACCUUUAAAACGCAGCGCACGCUAUGCACGGACUCUGGUCUGUUAGCACUGUUUCAUAGCAUCACCGAAGUUGGACUUUCCCCUCUUUCAGUUCCUGUUUUUAAUCAGGUUAAAAAUACGGUGAGACAAUAACAGCAAAGUUACUUUCAAAAUCACUGCUCUGGAAUUAGUCAUAUCAUGCAUGCGUUUUAAAUUACAAAUGUGCUGCAUGACCACUGCACCUACCCACCGAGUGUAGAAUUACACUGCCUCAAUGCAUUGUCUGAGAGAUAUUUACCAAACAAGCAUGAAUCUCGCCUACGCUCACAUCUGAAAUUAAACCUGUUGCCUGCAUGUACUCACCCCAGACACCCUGACACAGCUGAGCUGCCUAUUUUGAUAAGGUCAAGUGGCACUGCAGCUAUGAAAAGCAGUUUAUUCUAAAGUAAUGAGAUGCUGACUGUCAAAUGCCUUGUUGAUGUAGUCACACUAUGUUAAGGAAUUUUAGGUGAGAUCCACUUCUGUCUAUCUAUCUGUUUAUCUAUGUAUGUAUGUAUGUAUGAAUGAAUGAAUGAAUGAAUGAGCAUUUACGAUCAUCUCUAACAAAGACCUGGCCAAAAGUUUAACCCACCUUUCUUAAAUGAGCGCCUUCAUUACACUGUCUGGAUAGUAAAUUCAGAAGGUUACAGAUAAAAUAAUGAUGUGGGAAUAUCCGUGUUUGGCUACUUCAGUGAAUUCUGGUAAAUAUCUGAAAUAAUUUAAGUAGCUAAUUAAAAAUGGUUUAACAAUACAUCCUAUUUUGUACAUUGAUGAUGUGUUCUGUAUGUGAAAUUUUUAAUUUGCACUUUAGUAGCUACAGCUAUCAGGCAUAGUAGAGUACAAAUCUACUGUACAACUGUCCUUCAAUGAUUUGUAGCAUUGCUCACAAUAACUUUAAAACAGAAAUAUCACAAAGAUAAAUGCCACAAUAUAACUGGUAUAGAACAACUACUUUUGAAAAUCGAGACACAUCAUAAUUAUCACACAGAGAGGAUCCCUUUAUCUCUUUGCCACAGAUUACAACUGACUGGAAUGGGAUCUUCUGUAAAUAUAUACAUUGUACAUUUGCAAUACUAUAGUGUGCACUUGUAAGUGUGGCUGACUGGUUUGUGUUUAAUUUGUCUUCACAUAAGAUUUAACCUCAAAUAAAAGGCAGCUAUGAAAAACACUUGCAGCAAGAUGAUAAAUGGUGAAGUGGCGGUUUUGUUAUGAGCAGAUGAUCAAAAGUGUCAUAUGCCUCAGUGGUCUGUGAAUAUUCAAGAAUGUCUGCUCAUGUGUGUUUUUUAUUUUACACAGCAGAUGCAAUAAGCUGAGAUAAUUGGUGUACAUCAAAUUUACCAUAUAAAUGACAAAACCUCAGAUGACUUAUUCUCUUGAUGAACUGUUGAUCCAGCUUCUUCUGUUUAUUUUAUUCACAUAUGGAGAGACCUAAAACGGCUUAAAAACAUACACAGAAAUACGCUGUUAGUACUGUAAAUCUCUGUCAAUCAACUUCUUCAACAGUAAUCAUUUGCUUGUGUCUUAUUCAUGAGGCCAAAUCAGGUGCAGUCACAGCAGAAAAUAAACUGCAGGACACACAUGUUGUACAAUAACUGUAGAUUUUCUCAGAUCUUCUGCUGGUUUACUCUGACAAACCAUGACUGCAUUCAUUAAACGACUACUGAGGACUAAAGAACUAGUCAUUUCCUUUGGUACAGCUGUCUGUGACUGCUUCUACAUGACUUGUAACAUCCAGGGGGGUUAGUCAUUGACCUGGGAGUUUAUGUUCUGCGCUCUCAUCCCAAAGGAGGUUCAGAGUCACUCCAGUGUAAAGAGACCUUUGUGGUUGUGGCAUGCGGCAGGGUGGUGCAAGACAGCUGAUUUUUUUCAGGCUGUUCACCUUUUCAUUACUUGCCGUUCCACGUCAACAGUGCUUGCUAUUGGAGCUGUAAACUUCCCAUUCCCUCUCAGAGAAUUUCGCAUGCAGUGUCCAACCAUUCCCUAUGUUUAGACUGCAGUCCUUUGGCUUGGCGUCUGUGCUCAAACCUGGCCCAGGACAGAGGUCGGAACAGGAUGUGAACGCUGACCCUCAGACCUGGUCAUCUUUGGACUUCCUCCACAGUGCUUCUUGUUUCGUGUCAAACAUAUGACUACCUCGCUGCGAGUGAGUGAGUUGCUCGCUCUGCUGAUAGCAGAGGUUUCACUAAUGUGCCGGCCCCCCAGAGGCUAGACCUGCAAUAAUUUAAUAGUGAUCCACAAGAAAUCCCGAUCAUACUCAGGAUACUGUGUGUGGCACCUGACACGUCCAAAAAGCAAAUGCUUUCAUGAGCGCAGACGUCUGAUUUUGGGAUUUUAAAAGACCGACUGCACACCCUAACUUAAGCAUUUUUGUGGGCACACAUAAAAAUAACACUUUGCCAAUGUCCUCAGGGUGCAGACUGCCUCAUUUACUCUUGCCGUGUUAUUGACCCUUUCACUGGCAGAAGCGUAAGGCAGGAUUAUGCGGAAAUCUGAAGAUUAGUCUGAGACAAGCUGCCGUUAUCUUAAAAGUGAAGUAAUAUCAAUCUUUCAGGAAUGUGCGAGACAUUUCCAAACAAGCGUAAUUAAAUCCACUCUUAUCUUCAUCUGACUACUCAAUGCCUGCCCUCUACAGACCAACGGAAGUACUGAAUGGCCUGCAGGCUCAGAGCACAACAAUUUAUAUCGCCAUGACAGGCAAGCCUUCCCCUUCAAUUUCAGCACUGUGCAGUUACACUUUGGAGUGUUUGGACAUGCGUCCCCCUCAGUCUCAGUCAGGGUUUUAGAAGCACAGUGGCAUGUUGUGAGGAAGCAGCAAGCCAUCAGCCAACUACCAGAUGGUCUACUGUACGAGUUACCCAGGUCACUGAGGGCCUCUGUUGAAAAGAUCUCCUCCCAGUGUUGACAUGGAGGAGCAGCUGGCAGUUUGGACCACAGGCUGGUCUGCUACCUAUCAGUGGGAGGUAGGAUUAUCACUCUAACGCAGGCAGGCAGCUUUAUAGCUGUAGAAGUGCAGUUUAAUUACAAAAUUGUGCUUGAUUGCAGUUGUUUUUCUCCCCAUUCCUUAAAUAACCUCUACAAAGCCCUUAUAAACACUGUUUUUCUACGUGCACCAGGCUUUAUUCUUGCAUGGUGGGUGGGCAUGUUCCUGAAAUGCACUGGUGCACUUAAAGAUAACAAGGACUUCCUCGUGGGAAGAACUGGCUUAGAUUCCAGUACAACACACUCAGCUAUUUUCUAUUCUUAACUUCUUAAGAUACGGUAUUUUUGUCUCCGAGUAAAUGUCUCCAUCACUGGUUUUGCAGAACAGUGCGGUGGUGCUUUGCAUGCCUAAUAAAUACAGGAAGAAAAGAGGCAUGACUCUGCAUCACAGGGCAGAUUAACAGAUGCAACAAAAGGCUGUCAACUUCCCCAUUUCAAUGAGUAGUUAAAAUAAAUACCUGAAAGAGUUUCGACAGAAAGAAUUGAGACUCCAGCAGUUACUCACAGCCGUGCUCAAAUGUGCAAAAUGUGUAACUGACAGAUUGAAGUUCAUUUCAUUUACAGGGUGAAACAUCGCCUACAUCGGGGAAUACAAAUAACUGGAAGGCUCUUUAAGAAGGCGACUGGAGACUUGCAAGAUUGGCAGAACCUAUUAAGCAGUCUGUAAAAGCAUAUCCAGGCACAGCUACAUCCAAGAAUGAGGAUCAAAUACACAAUAUCCAUCGUCUUUUUUGUGACACUUGUUAUCAUUGAGAAGGAAAACAACAUUAUCUCAAGGGUGUCAGAUAAGCUCACUUUAAAGCAGACCCCCCAGACCCCCCUCCAGCCCAGUGGUUUCUCCCACAUACUGCAGAAGCACAAUGGUUCCUUAACCUCUCUCAGCAAGAUGGACUCCACAUUGAUGAAGCGGCGCCUGGAGAACUACAGCGAGCACCAGGGGGUGGCGAGGAGGGGCAGGAAACACAUCCUCCUGUUAGCCACCACCAGGACGGGCUCCUCGUUUGUUGGCGAGUUUUUCAACCAGCAGGGCGGCAACAUGUUCUACCUGUUUGAGCCGUUGUGGCAUGUGGAGAAGAUGUUGACACUGGAGACUGGUGGCACCAACGCCACAGUGGCAGCCAAGGCGUACCGCGACGUGCUCAAGCAGCUCUUCCUGUGUGACUUCUCCCUGCUGGAGAGUUUCAUCGAACCCCACCCUGUGGACCACAUCACCGCGGCCCUCUUCCGUAGGGAGUCCAGCAGCUCUCUGUGUGAGGACUCGGUCUGUAGUCCUCCCAUCAAAGGGGUCUUUGAACCUUAUCAUUGCAGGACCAGACGCUGUGGGCCCCUGAACCUGACCAUGGCGUCUGAGUCCUGCCUCCAGAAGGAUCACAGGGCCAUCAAGUCAGUGAGAGUGCGCCAGCUUGAGACCCUCCGUCCUCUGGCUGAGGACCCACGCCUUGAUGUAAAGUUCAUUCAGCUGGUUCGGGAUCCUCGGGCAGUACUAGCCUCGCGCAUGGUGGCCUUUGAGGCCAAAUACAGGAACUGGAAGCAGUGGGCGAUGGAUGGGGAUGUGCCCAUUGAUGAUGAUGAAGUGAGAAAGCUGAAAGGGAACUGCGACAACAUAAGGAUGUCCGCUGAGAUCGGCCUCAGACAGCCACCGUGGCUGCGCAGGCGUUACAUGCUGGUGAGGUACGAGGACAUCGCUCGGUUCCCCAUGAGGAAGGCAAAUGAAAUGUACCGGUUUACUGGAAUCCCCUUCACUCCACAAGUGAAAUCCUGGAUCCUGAAGAACAUCCAGGCCUCCAAGAAGACCAGUGGUGUUUACUCCACACAGAAAAACUCCUCUGAACAAGUAGAGAAAUGGAGGUUCAGUUUACCAUUCAAAAUAGCCCAGGUUGUGCAGAACGUUUGUGGGCCAACGCUCAAGCUUUUUGGGUAUAAAUCUGUAAGCAGUGAAGAAAUGCUAACAGAUAAGUCCAUUAGCUUGAUUGAGGACAAAGUGUUCAACUUUUUAUAGACUCUGACGAACAUGGAUGCAGGAAAAAACAACCUUUCAGCAAACUCUGGAAUGAUAUUUAUUAGGGUCUUUUAUCCUGAUACUGAGAGCUAUAUAUUUUCUGAUAGCGUCCUAUUUAAAGUUUUUUACUAUUUAAAACAGUUUGAUGAAGAAAAUGUUUUGUUGAGUGGAAAACACAUUUAAGCUUUUAACUGUUGAAGCUAGGGUGUUUGAAACAAUACUGAAACUUCACAUGUGGGUACAGCUUGGUGAAAACAGAAAGCUAUCGUUGUUUUUGCACUCUGGACUAUUUUCUCUGUUCAACACAAACUGUAUUGCUGGCUUGUCCUGCAAGUCUGUCAAAAUUUAUUUCCUUGGCAAAUAUAGGAGGUCCUGAGGGAGAUAGCUGUGGAUUUGUGAACAAUAAUGAGCUGUUUUAAACACUUCCAGGAAUCACCAUUAAUUAUUUUUGUCCAGCAACUUCUAAGUUAGCAACAUAAGCUGCUUUUACACCAAGAAACUUGAACUGAAAUGUUUAUGCAUAGCCAAAAAAUGAAUUGCUUUGUACAGCAAUAUUCAUUGCAGGAAGAGGGAAUACUAGUGUUUUGCCAGCUUAUGUCAACACAGGAUUCAGAGGAAAUGUCCCAUGCUUAUUUAUUUAUUCUUCUCUUUGCUAAAAGUCAUAAUGACUCCAGCUCUGAAUGUGCUCCACAGGUUCAUUUCUUGCACACGUAUAGUGUAGUUUGCUGUACAUGCAUGUUUGUAAUCAGCCAAAAGUGGUUUGAAGUUGUCGUCGGGACUGUAAGGACCCAUUCUGUAAAAACAGAUGUUUACACUGCCACUGUAUGCAUUCCAACUGCAGCUGGUUUGCAGGAUUGUGCGAGGUUGGUCGGCAGUUCUCUGUCUGUUGACACAAGUCUUUUGGCUGGUGAUAAAAAGAGGCCCUGAUACUUUGGCUUACCACACUGUUUGCUGAUGUUUCCAGUCUGCUCCUUUUGCAUUCUGUCUGUUACAAUAAACUUUCUUUCACAUUAACUGCUAAACAUCUCACUUUGGGCGUGAAAAUACUGCAUCCAUAACUGUGGCAUAACUGUUAUUUAGUUAAUUUGAAAGAGUUUUACAUUCAACCACAACUUCUGCAUUUUGUCAUUUCUGUCACUUCUCUUUUA